AUGGACCCACGGCUCGACACAGAGUCCUGCGGUUCCCCGGUGUGCCCUGGAGGAUGCGGGCUGCCCCUGUCCGCCUCACGCCCGGAGGAGCACUGCUGCGUGGAGGCUCUGCGCGCUCUGGCCGACGCGCUGCUGGACCGGAGCGCGGCUCAAGAGCACCAGGCGCGGAUGGAGAGGCUCGGCUGGGCGCGCAGGGAGCAGCGGCUCAUGGCACAGACCUCCAGAGCCCAGAGCCAAGUCAAACUCACGGAGGUCCAGAGCCAGAGGAGGCUUCACCAGUACGUUCUGCAGGCUGGUGCCGUGGUGCAGCAGGUUCUAGGGCUUCACCAGGGUCAAACAAGAACAAACGAUGUGCAAAACCAGCUGGAGGCCUCCUGGUCAGCGGACGCGGCUCCUGAGCUUUUGGGUCGUAACUUCCUCAUAGAAGCCUUUCCCUGCAGCGCCUCGGACAGAAAGUGUCAGUGCUGGGCCCCGAUACAGUAUCUGUGUCAUCAGCAUCCAAUGGUCCGUGACAGGUGGCUCCCAAAGCACGGUGGUCUGUUUCUGCCAUAA